AUGAAGCUACGAGAGUGCCGCUGUGCAAUGCCAACUGCGAACCGUGGAUUUAUGGGAUGCAUCGAUCGGAAAAGGGAAAAAAGCGGAUUCGCUACGACAGAACAAAUCUCCUAUCAAGGAAAACGUAGUGGAAAAAGGCGAGAAAGUGCUCAAAAUCUACAAAACAAGAGCCCGCGGCAAGAACUGAAGGUCGAGGAGUGGCAAGAAACUGGACAAGCGGAUUCGAGUAAAAUCGUCAUAGACCCCUUGUUGAAACCGAGUAAACGGAAACGCGAAAAGUUGGUAAUUGACAACACACAAUAUGAGAAAAUGCCAAUGUGUGGUAUUGAAGUGCGACUGCCGGUCGGUUUGAAACCGUAUCCUACACAGAAACUUAUGAUGGUACGUAUAAUUACGGCGCUGACGAAGAGGCUGAACUUGCUAGCUGAAAGUCCCACGGGAAGUGGAAAGACUCUGGCGCUUCUUGGAUCUAGUUGCGCUUGGAUUGAAGAUUAUAAGAAGAAACGGCAGGAGGCAAGUACGGCUUGCCCGGUCCACAGCAACAACGUAGGAUCUGGUUCUUUAUCAGCGACACGAGGUUCUAAGGGUCCAGAAGUAGGUAUCGAAAACAUCAAGCAGGAAAUAAUGGAUGAGCCUUUGCCAGAUACACCAUACAAGUCUUCGCUACUGUAUGACAACGAAUUCUUUAACGAUUUUUCUAGCAGUCCAUCUGUGCAACCGAACAUUGCAAUACGUGAUUCACCCAAUUCCUCACCUUCUGAGAAAAAUGGGCAGAAGGAGUGCUCAUGCUUACCGAAAGUCCGAAUAUAUUACGGGACCCGCACCCAUAAGCAGAUUGCACAAGUAGUUAAAGAAUUCGCACGAUUGCCUUAUGGAGGCAUAGUCACCCACACUAUCUUGGCUAGUCGUGAGCAGUCGUGUAUUAAUGUAGCUGCCAGGGAAUCAAGAGAUGUUUCUGCUUACUGUAAGGAGCUUUUGUCGUCUGGAGGAAUGGGAUGCCGUUUCAAAGAUGCUAUGAAGGGGCGGUACGAAAAACCUCAGUAUCUAAGAUUUGUUCUUCAACAAAUGGAUUCCGUUGUUUUUGAUAUCGAAGAGCUUGUCGACUCUUUGUCAUCGAUGGGUUCUCCGAUUUGCCCAUACUUCUCCUCAACUCGAUUACUUACUCAGGAUGCCGAUAUUGUUUUCUGUCCUUUCAAUUAUUUAGUGGACCCAAUUAUCCGGAACUCCUCUGACGUACACCUAAAGAAUAGUAUAGUUAUAUUGGACGAAGCACACAACAUCGAAGACAACUGUCGUGAUGCUGCCAGUUUUACUUUCUAUGAAAAGGAAAUAUCGGAUGCUCUAGCAAAUGUAAGAGAAAAAGAGAACCUAGUGUUGCAGUUGAUAGAGAAGUACUCUAGCGCAGCUGAGUUAAUGGACGGCUUAGAGAAGGAAGCGACAAACAUGUCUGUGGAAAGGUGCACUCGGGAUUUGAAACGAAUUACAGCGCUGGCCCUUCUUGUAGACGACAUGUUCAGAUGGUUUCGAGAUUCUGCACCUAAACUUCUAGAAAAUGCUAAAAGUGACGGCUCUGGAAAACUUUCAAAUACAGUAAACCACGGCUAUCUAGAGGUGGAUUUGAGGCGAUUCCAUUUACACCCUGACGACUCACGCUAUAAAGUUGUUGAGGUUUCUUACAAAGAUUUACUUGCAAGCUAUCAAGAAGAGCAGGAUAAUCGACUUUUAGAGAACAAAAUCAGCUCCACUGCUAUAGUAUGUAUCGAGAAAUGGCUUUAUUUCAUCGAGUUUUUCAGAGAUGAGAACAAGAGAAGCAUGUACAAGCUAAAUGUUAGCAGUGAAAAAGUGUAUCAGUAUAACGAUCGUGGAUCUUACAUCCGAGGAGGCCCGCCUCGGGGAGCCCAGGCUGGCCCCAAAAACGUCAACUAUAGUCAGGUAACUGGCGAGGAUUCCGAUGUCUGGCUAUCAUCAACCCUAGGACCACCUGCUCACGAUCCCAUCCGGUCCGGCUAUCGUACUUCGUUUAGCUUGUGGUGCAUGUCGCCCGAGCUUUCGUUUACGAAUGCUUUCUCUGAAUGUCGUUCCGUUAUUCUUGCUUCUGGAACACUAUGUCCUGUGGAGACGCUGAAGACGGAACUAGGCUUGAGAUUCCACUCACAAAUGGAGGGUGAGCAAGUCAUUCCUUCUGAGCAGAUUUUUGCGUCUGUGUUGCCAGUGGGUCCAUCUGGCCAUAGGCUUUGUGCAACGUAUCGAAAUGUUAGCGAUGACAACAACCCAUUCAUAUGUGAACUCGCAUUAACUAUACGCACUGUCUGCCUGACCGUCCCAAAGGGAAUUCUAUGUUUCUUCCCUAGCUACCGUAUGAUGACGUUAGUCUAUGAAUACAUGGAAGGCACUUCGAUGUUGCGGCAAAUUCAAUAUCGAAAAGUCGUUGUGAAAGAACCUAGACGAUCUUCAGAGUUGCCUAUCGUCAUGGAAGCAUAUGAGGAUGCUAUAAGGAACUCCACUCGCCAUGGUCGUCACGUAGAUGGUGCCUUGAUGCUAGCAGUUUUCCGUGGAAAGGUUUCUGAAGGAAUCGAUUUUGCCGAUGAUCUUGCAAGACUAGUGAUCUCCGUGGGCAUUCCGUUUCCUAAUGCAAUGGAUGAUUUAGUAAAAGAAAAGAGGAUGUAUAAUGACGAGUUCUGUAAAACUAAGGCACUGCUGACGGGACAUGAGUGGUAUGUAUCGCAAGCCUAUCGUGCUCUUAAUCAAGCGCUCGGCAGAUGUUUACGGCAUCGAAAUGACUGGGGAGCGCUCAUUUUGGUUGACGAGCGAUUGGUUGAACAAGCGACGAAGCCAGGAGCGAAAAUAGCGUCUUCUGCUCGUGUCUCGACGUGGAUUCGGAAACAGCUGGUUGUUUAUGACCAGUUCAAGAAUUUCGAGACAUCUUUAUCGGACUUCGUCCGACGUAUGCAGUUAAAAGACGAAGAAAAGAAUUUUGAUACUCUUCUGCUACUUGAUGUCGAUGGUUCUGUAGAUGGACUUAAUUUUUCCGGGAAACUUUUCGUUGAUCCUGGAGAACGCUCAUUCACAGUUGUUGAGUUCAAACAAGACGGGAGAAAAGAAGAGCACAAAUUUUUCGCUGACGAGUUCGUAUCGUUCGCCUGCCCUCCCAGCAAGUCUACAGCUCAGCAGUUUGCACUAACUUUUUCCUUACCUAAACAACCAUCUGGAAGAUUCCAGAAGCGAAAACGCACACUUAUUGUUAAAACUCCUGACUACUCUCAGAAGAUCAAGGAUAUUUACGAAGAGUUGAAAAAGGCCUUCCGUAACAUGUCUGAGAAUCCUUCUCGUUUUGUCAACAGUUCAAGUACGUCACCAGUAGGAAUGCUGCGAAGUCGUCCUGAUCCUGUAAAAACUGUGAAGAGCUCUCGCUUGGAACAUAAACAUCGGAUUCCGAAAUUCAUUUUCGACGACACACCUCCAAUUAGAUGUUCAGAGCCUUUUUCGUCAAAUGUUUGCAAGAAAUCGCCUAGUGUCACAAGCACCAAGUCCCCACUUUCAAGUGGAUGCAAGGACUACAUUGGCCCAACAACCGCGGCGUCUGAUAUUCCUGUUGAUUUCUCAUCUUCCAGAGAUCAAGUAUCAGUAAGCAAGACCCAGGAAAAUGAACGAGAGGGUCCUUCAAACGACAUAAUUAUAAUAAACGACAGUGAAGCUCAUCUCUCGAACAAAUGCAGUAAUGAAUCUGUUCGGUCAACUACGUCGAAAUAUCCUAAGCCGGCUUCUGUUGUGCAAUCAGAAAAUAAUUCUACUGAUGCUUCGUUAAAUCCGGAGUGGUCGGAAAAUCCUGCAAGGAAACUGAAUUUUUCAAAAGAGCCGCAAUGUCGAAAGAUCAAGAAAUCUAACGGUCCGGAUAGGUCUUCGCAAGGAAGCAUAAUAUCAGUAGUUGAGAAGGAAGCACUCGAAUCUUCUACUAUUCGUGUCACAGCACCAUUCAAAGCACGUCCGCAUACGGUUACCUUCAAGCAAAAAAGGGAAGACUAUACGCAUUCUAAACCAUCACUGGCGAAGAGACUUGCGUCAGACUUCAGGAAAGAGCCAAUACCGAAUGAUACUGCAAUUGAUUUGAGCGGUCUUAAUUCUCCUUCGCUUUAUGGAUCAUCAACGCCUAACUCAUCCAGCAAGCAGCAACAGAAACGUCCUGGCGAGAUAAUCAGCCCUCGUCCACAACUACUGGCUGACUCGAUAUCUUCAUCUCGAUGCUUGCUCACUCCACCUUCUGGGUCGAAGGGUCUAUACAACACUUCCUUCCUCAGUAACAGGGAAUCUGUGACUCCAAGCAGGAAAAGGAAGGAGAUCGAAGAUUUUUCUCCGAAAGAUUUUGAUGACAUGGAUUCUGCAGGCAACCUUUUUCCUACUACUUCGGACCAACAGCCAUCACCGUAUUCUUAUCGAGGACUGGAGAACUUGACGAACUCAUGUUACAUGAAUGCGACUCUACAAGCGUUAGCAUCAGUUUUUCCUUUCUAUUAUCGCAUGCAGAUGAUCCAGCAUCGUCGUGAUGAAGGAGGAUAUGAAUGCUCUGAGUUCGUCAGGCGAUUUAAUGAUGUUCUUCACAACCUUGUGUCGCCAGAUCGAGAUGUAGACACUAAAUACGGUGCUGCGACAAAAGUUGCGGUUUUGGAGGCGCUAAGAACAGCCGCAGGAAAAGAACUGGGAUCAGAUCCUGAUUUUGGAUCCAACAUGCAGCAAGAUGCUCACGAGUUUCUGGCCAAAACUCUGGAAAUUUUAGAGAAAGAAGCUAUGCGUAAGAAGAGGAAUCUCAUUUUCACCAACGAAAAAACAAAAAAUCCAUCUGUCGAGCAACCCGUUUCUUCAACAUCGUCGAGUAGAAAUCCAGCAGGAGUAUUUCAACACAAGAUCAGGGAUAGAUUCGGUUGUGAACGAUGCGCACGAGCGAGUGAAAUGACCAACGAUGCGAUCGACUUAACAGUUACUGUGAGCGCCGGAGAAUCCAUACAAAAAAUGAUAGAGAACGCUUUGGCACGGGAAGAAAUUGAGUAUAAAUGUGACCAUUGUGGUACUGGUGCCGGAUUUAUUAGUCGUGCAUUUGCAACGUUGCCACAAUCUUUGAUCGUUGUGGUUAAACGCUAUCGCUUUGGAGAAGCAGGUGGCAGUAAGGUUGAAGAAAGAAUUGGUGUUAGCAGAGAGCUAUUUCUCAAAGAUCUGUUUGUUGAUUCGGAAGUUAAGAAGCAGGAAGGUGUCGCUAGGCGAAGCUUAUCGCGAUCUGUUGAAUCUUUUAUCGGCGAUCCAAAGGAGAAUGGGCGUUCCGAUGACAGUGGUGUGAAUUCUGAAGUUGAAAGUGUGAUAACUAUUGAUGACCAAACUCAAUUCUCUGGAAAGGAGGAGGAUUUUGGUUCGGCAAAUGUCUCUGUAAUCGGCAAUGAGGAACUCAAAGAAUGCGUUUUUGAAUUGUCUCAGGGAUCAGCUAACAUGAAAACAUGUGAAAGCCCUCGGAGUACUGCCGAAUCGCACAUCACGAUUGAUAAGCAUGAUACGCAUACCGCCCUAGAGAAGUCAGACACAGCUUCAUUGGAAGUGGGAAAUCAAUCACAUCCGCUAUCGCGUCUGGCGCUGUCGCCUCUGAAGAUGAAUCGGGCAGAUACGAUCCAAGAUGAAAAACCAGGUGAUCCAUAUGGGUUUCCAAGAAAAAUGCGAGUUGUGGAAGGUAUGGAUAUGGACACUAGCGUAUCAUCUUCCAUUAGCGAGUGCAUGCUGGAGUAUCAUGAAAAGGAAAACGCCAUAUUCAAUCCAAUAAAAGUAGUCCCAGAAAUAGAAGGUCCUAUCAUCAAACAAAGUGGUGGGUACUUGAAAGAGACUACACCGGAUACUGAGAGUGCUCGCAGUGGCGAUGGUUCAACUGCUUCCCGUGAAGCUGCAGACGUUCCUAAUGACAUUGGUUCGGCAUCUACUCAGUCAGAAGAUAACGUUCUGGAGAAAGAUGUGAACUCUCUUAAACUGUCUGAUAGCGCAAAUGUGCCAAAUAAGAGAGCACGCUUGGACGACAGUCAGAUCGUUAACGAAGAAAAAACCAAAGUCAAGGACACCAGUUCUUCCGUUGUUCCAACAGAACCAAGCACUUCGUACGCUCGUCAAAUAACGGAACCGUUGAGACCGUCAUCGCGAACUCCUGGGAAGUACGCACACACACCGACAACCCCAUUACUUGAACAAAUAUCAGUUGUGGGGGAAUUCGAGGAAAAAGUCGUUUUGGUCUUCCGACCAGUUUUCGAAGAGCGUCAAAAACAGUGGUGUCAGCGAUUUGGCUUCAGAUAUUUUGGGUCACCAGAACUUCGCAAAAAAAUGUUUGGUCGCGAGGUUGAAUUCACGCUACGUGAUAUGCCGCAAAGUUGUGAAGUCCGCGGCGACGGGAACUGCCUGUUCCGUACACUCUCUUGGUGGAUAACUGGUGGCAACGAAAGAGAAUACUUCCGGUUGCGCGAAAAGCUCGUUUCAUUCAUGACUAAGUAUCGGUCGAAAUUUGCGAAUUUGCUUCUUAAUAAGGAAGACAUGAACACCCAUCUAGAGAGAAUGUCAGAGGAUGGUGAAUGGGGAACACAAGUAGAACUGGUUGCGGCCGCUUGCUGGUUAAAGGUGAAUAUCUACACAUUCCUAGAAGGGAAAUGGCUUCGCUACAGACCUCUUUUCCGAUGGAGCUUUGACGGAAAUCCAGCAAUAGCCAUGUCUCGAGAUGAGUGCACCGAUGAUAUGGGAGCCAUUUUCAUAUGCAAUGCGAGUGGGUGCCACUUUCAGCCUGCUGUUAGUGUUGAACCGCACAUUACUAGACGUUGUUUACGUCCACGCAAAGAGAGAGAAUUCGUGAAGGAAGCCUCACCAAUACGUGGUACUCCUGAACCCCCUUACGUGUUCAAUAGCGCAGAUGGACCAGUUUAUUCUUUAUCAGCAGUGAUUUGUCAUCAUGGAGAUUCUCUUCUGACUGGACAUUAUUCUACAUUUGCUUUGGAUGCCACUCGACGGGAAUGGCUGGAUUGCAAUGAUCAUAUCAUCACAAAGGUUUCCGAAGUGGAGGUAAUUGAUAAUUCGGCUUCAUCGGGCUACAUUUUCAUUUACAAUCGUGUGGAAGACUCAAUGAAUAGAUUGUGA